AUGGCAGGUGAUUCAGGAAGCUUUACUACACCAUGUGUUCCUAAAUUCGAUGGAGACUACGAGCAUUGGAGUUUGGUCAUGGAAAUGGAAAAUCUCUUGCGUUCCAAGGAAUAUUGGAGUACUAUUCAAUCUGGUUUCGAGGAACCAAAAGGAAACGAAGCACUAAGCGCAGCCCAGCAAAACGAAAUCAAUGAAGCAAGACUCAAAGAUCUGAGAGCAAAGAAUUAUCUCUUUCAAUCCAUUGAUAAGAUUAUUUUAAAAACUAUCAUUCAAAAGGAUACUUCCAAGCAAUUGUGGGAUUCAAUGAAACUCAAGUAUCAAGGAAAUGCUAGAGUGAAGCGAGCCCAGCUACAACGACUUUGCAGAACAUUCGAAACUUUAGAGAUGAAAGCAGGAAAAGGUGUUUCUGAGUAUUUUUCAAGAGUUAUGUCUACUACUAAUGACAUGAGAAAUUGCGGAGAAGAUAUGCCGGAUGUCAAAAUUGUUGAGAAAAUACUUCGAAGUCUCACCGAUAAAUUCAACUUCGUAGUAUGCUUAAUUGAAGAAUCCAAGGAAAUUGACCAAUUAACCGUCGAUGAAUUACAGGCAUCUUUGCUUGUACAUGAACAAAAAGUGAUUGAUAAGAGGAGUGAAGAGCAGGUUCUGCAGGUGGAGAAUGUAUCAAGCUAUGGACAAGGAAGAGACAGAGGGACAUUUCAGAGAGGAAGAGGUUACUCUAGAGGACGGAGAAGAGGUAGAUCUUUUGUGAACUGGUCGGCCAUCAACUGUUUUCGAUGUGGAAAGCAAGGACAUUACCAAUUUGAAUGUCCAGGCUUAGAAAAAGAAGCUGUCAUUAUUCUGAAUUUGACAAGGAGGAAGAACUGCUAUUGA